CUGUCAGACAGUGAACAAUGAGUGCUAAUUAGGGGACUUAAAAUAGAAAAAAGCUUAGUUCCAGAGAGUAGUUCACUGCUGGGAUAAAGGAACAAGGCAAGGAUGGUUCUCUCUCUUCAUACAUAUUCAAGCAUAUCCUGAGAAAGAAGGUUGGCUGUGUGUCAGGGGAGCACUACAAAAGAUUGGUGCUUGAAGAGAGGGCUGAAUUUCAAGCCAGCCAAGAUAGUUACAAAGUGGAUUGAAGAGGCCCGGCCAUGUUUGCCAAGAUCUGAAACUUGUUUCAAAAGCAGUGUUUGCAUUUUAGUCACUGCAGCAGCUGAAAGACUACUGAAUAAUCGAGGGAUAGUUGAGUGGCAUCAGACUGUCACAAUGAAGUACUUCUGUUUCACAUUGUUUCUGGUUCUGUUCAUUAUUGAACUGCAAAGAUGUGACGGAUCAGCAACAAGAGGACAGGGGCUGAAGGGGCGCAUGCAGCGGGACAGACGCAACAUCAGACCCAACAUUAUCCUGAUCCUCACUGAUGACCAGGAUGUUGAGCUUGGCUCUAUGCAGGUGAUGAACAAAACUCGGAAGAUAAUGGAACAGGGAGGUGCUUCCUUCACAAAUGCCUUUGUAAGCACACCAAUGUGUUGUCCUUCACGGUCCUCCAUGCUGACAGGGAAGUACGUCCACAAUCACAACACGUACACCAACAACGAGAACUGCUCUUCUCCUUCGUGGCAGGCCCAGCACGAGCCCCGGUCCUUUGCUGUGUACCUCAACAACACAGGCUACAGAACAGCUUUCUUUGGGAAAUACCUCAAUGAAUAUAAUGGUAGCUACAUACCACCAGGGUGGCGAGAAUGGGUUGGGCUGAUCAAAAAUUCCCGCUUUUACAAUUACACCGUCUGUCGGAACGGUUACAAGGAAAAGCAUGGAGCAGAUUAUGCCAAGGAUUAUUUCACAGAUUUAAUUACCAACGACAGUAUUAAUUACUUCAGAAUCUCCAAACGGAUGUACCCCCACAGACCGGUAAUGAUGGUCAUCAGCCAUGCCGCCCCACACGGACCAGAGGACUCGGCCCCACAGUUCUCAGAGCACUUCCCCAAUGCCUCCCAGCACAUUACACCCAGUUACAAUUAUGCACCCAACAUGGAUAAGCAUUGGAUUAUGCAAUACACUGGCCCAAUGAGGCCCAUAAACAUGGAGUUUACCAAUUUUCUGCAUCGGAAAAGAUUGCAGACGCUACUCUCUGUGGAUGAUUCUGUUGAAAAGGUAUAUGAAAUGCUUGUGGAGACUGGAGAGCUGGACAACACCUACGUCAUAUACACAGCUGAUCAUGGCUACCAUAUCGGACAGUUUGGUCUAGUGAAAGGAAAAUCCAUGCCUUAUGAUUUUGACAUCAGAGUCCCAUUCUUUGUCCGUGGUCCCAACAUUGAACCAGGAUCAAUCAAUCGUCAUAUGGUUUUAAAUAUUGACCUUGCUCCAACAAUUCUGGACAUCGCAGGACUCGAUACACCUCCAGAUAUGGAUGGAAAAUCUAUCUUAAAACUAUUGGAACCAGAAAAACCAGGAAACAGGUUCAAAUCAAAUCGAAAACCUAAAGUCUGGCGGGAUACAAUCCUUGUGGAGAGAGGAAAGUUUCUUCGUAAGAAGGAGGAGAGCGGCAACAAUAAUAUGCAGCAGUCUAACAACCUGCCCAAGUACGAGAGGGUGAAGGAGCUAUGCCAGCAAGCAAAAUACCAGAGCGCCUGUGAGCAGCCCGGACAGAAAUGGCAGUGUAUUGAGGACACAACAGGAAAGCUGCGAAUUCAUAAAUGCAAAGGGUCUCUGAAAGUUUCAGCAAAAAGAAAGCGGACAAGGAGCCUGCGAUCCAGAGGGUACAGUUCCAAGGAGAAGGAGUGUGACUGCGGGAAACCUGACUACAAGCCGGCCAGAGGGGAAAGACGGAAUCAAAGACAGCUUUCUCAGACUAACCAAAGGUACAAGCCACGCUUUGUUCACACACGGCCAACCAGGUCCCUGUCAGUAGAAUUUGAGGGGCAAGUUUACGAUAUUGACCUUGAGGAAGAGGCACAGCCGGCUGAUGAGCCGCGGAACAUCAGCAAGCGCCAUUAUGACCUAGAAGUGGAGGAUGACUUGGAAGAAAUGCUGGCUGAUGACAAUGCAGUGAGACAGCCCAGCUCUGUAAAAGUCACUCACAAAUGUUACAUUCUGGUCAAUGACACAGUGCAUUGCGAGAGAGAAAUCUACCAGUCAUCCAGGGCCUGGAGGAACCAUAAGAGCUACAUCGCCCAAGAGAUUGAAGCUCUUCAAGACAAAAUUAAGAAUUUGAGAGAAGUGAGGGGACAUCUAAAGCGAAGACGACCAGAUGAAUGUGACUGUAGUAAGAGUUACUUUAACAAAGAAAAGGCACCAAGAAACAAAGAAAAAAAGAAAAGUAACCAUCGUCUCCAUCCCUUUAAGGAAGCAGUACAGGAGGUUGAUGGUAAAGAGCAGAAUUUUAAUGAGAGUCGGCGAAAAAAAAAGGAGAGAAAGCAAAAGAAACGCUUGAAGAAAGGGGAUGACUGCAGUCUGCCAGGCCUCACCUGCUUUACACACGACAACGACCACUGGCAGACCGCACCCUUCUGGAACUUGGGGUCGUUCUGUGCAUGUACCAGUGCCAAUAACAACACUUACUGGUGUUUACGAACAAUUAACGACACACACAAUAUCCUCUUCUGUGAGUUUGCUACUGGCUUCUUGGAAUAUUUUGACAUGAACAGUGAUCCUUAUCAGCUGACAAAUGCAGUGCACACUGUUGACAGGGAAGUCCUGAAUGAGCUUCAUCUACAGUUAAUGGAGCUGAGAAGCUGUCGGGGUCAUAGACAGUGUAACCCUAGGCCUAGGGGACUUGAAACAGAGGAGAGCAACUAUGGAAUGGAUGGGAAGGCUAAACUGCCAAACUUUACUGAGGACGUCAACUGGCAAGGACUGGAAGAUUUGUACGGUGUGAACGAGAUGACGUUUGAGAACAGAUACAAUUAUAGUCUUAGCCUGGAUGACUGGACUAAUUAUUGGAAGGACGUAGAUAGUAUGUUUGCACUGCUAAGCAUUUUUUAUGAACAAAAUGAAAUAAAUAAGUCUGAUGCCCUUAAUGAGGAUGGGGCUUCAUCUGACUUCUCCACAGGGUCCGGACUGGGGGAAAUUCCCCCAAUGGAAGACAAAUCAAGCGGUACAAUGAUGACCGUGGAUAACAUGCAGCCUACUGUGCCCGCGGCAGACUCUGAAACUGUAAGAUUCAGUUCAGAUUUUAAAACUCUUGAAAAUAAACGUGAAUCCCAUAAUGACAUACCUGGGAGAAUCAUUCCAGACUUGGAAUACUGGAGGAGCGGUCAAAAGGAAACGUGGGCCAAACAGGUGGAAGAGCACUUGGACAAUGACGGGUUCGUUUUCAGUGGAAAUGGUUUGACCGAGGUGGAGACCAGACAUAGCUUUGUUCUACAGUCAGUCUCCCAUCAGCAGGACUUUGUCCGAAAUGACGUUGAGGAGGAGGACAUAUUUGAAGGCCAAGGUUACCUUCCAGUAGAUACAGACAGCCCCUUCCUUCACCAAACUGCAAAUCUUACAACACAGAUGGGCACUACUGCUCCUCUUAAACAAGCAACCACACAUAACAGCAGCAAAAACAAUCCAACCGAACAACGAACCUCUGAAAACUUCAGAACAGAAGGCAGUGGCUUGUCCUCCCAUCCCUUCAAUUGAAUACAAGUUUUAAAGUAGCACAUUAAGAUGACAGACUCCAGAAGGCAUAAAGAGACAAUGGGACAUAUUUCAUUGCCAAAUGGGUCAAGAUAUCUUGGUUUCAAAAGUAGAGAUUUCCAGGUUUAGAAAUGCUGCAUUCUAUUUGUAUUUGUACUAUUUUUUUUUUUACAACAGGUUCUUAAAAUAAUUAGACAA